AUGCAGACAUCGAAUCUGCGCGCCAACCAGCGCACCAUGGCUGACUUGGGACGUCUGAUAAGUUCAGGCAAUACUCAACUUGAGGGUCAUUUUGACAAACUUCUCAGAGGGGAGACACCACGCUCUAUUGAGCCACUUCACUAUAUCACCAAGGACAAGCCGUUUCCCGUCCUCUCCCAGGAUAAAGUCGCGCGGCUCGGGCUUGUUUAUUCCCAUGUUGUCGCAAACAGACAACAAGGCAGUUCAGAAUCGCCUGUCGCCAGACUGUAUGCAGAUAUACGUGGUCCCUACCUAGCCUCGUCGUUAGUGAAUCUGGCAGCUGCAAGUGUCAAUACGGCAAAGAAGAAAAACCCCGGUGCUAUAUAUCGCGCAGGAACAAACGGAAUCGGUACUUAUGCGCAGGCUAUGGAGGGUAUACUCGUGUCCGAGUAUGACAAUAUCUGUAGCAUUUUCACACGCGACGACUGGGGCUCAGUAUUCCAAUCAACUUGUCAGCCAGCCCUCGCUGAGUUCGCAAGAACACUGCGCGAGCUCAAUUCUCAUAUCAAAGCUCAUCUCCCAACCGACUGUUAUCUCGCAUAUGAGAUAACCGAGAUCGUCUCAGGUCUGUCGGGGCAACUCGAGACACGAACAGGAGAGCUCAAAGGCUCCUUGGCGGCUGCUCUGAAACCUGUGCGAGAAACCGCGAAACUGUCUCUUGCAGAGUUAAUUGAGGAAACAAAGCGCAAGGUUAACGGGAUUCAGUCUCUCCCUCUAGAUGGAGCUCCAUCGCCAAUCGUGGCCGAGACAAUGCGCCGUUUGCAAGUUAUGGUGGAGUUUCUUCGGCCCAUAUCUAGCAUUAUGAUUUCCUUGGGCGAUGGCGGCUGGAAAUCUGCCUCUGCAAGCAGUCGGCCGUCUGAUGCAAUCCCAAGCCUAGCCUCGUUCGACAUUGGCGCUGAUGGCAAAGAUAUAUUCUCACAUUAUUGCCUUGAUACUGUGGAGAUACUUCUGUCUUCCUUGGAGCAACGUGGUCGCCUGAUGUUAAAGGGAAAAUCCGCUGUGGGUGUCUUCUUGGCAAACAGCAUUGCCAUAAUCGACCGAAUGAUUGUCGACUCUGAAUUGUCACCUUUACUUGCUUCACGCAUUGACAUGUUGGACCAAUGGCGAAAGAAGGCGACUGCAUUGUAUACCGACAUUUGCAAAGACCUUUCCAUCUACCUCUUUGACACAAUUCACACAAACCGAACGCAGCGACCAACAUCUGGACCAGCGGACUCUGCUUCUGUGGUCAAAGGCUUGAGCAGUAAAGACAAGGACAAGAUCAAGGAGAAGUUCACUCAAUUUAACAACGCCUUUGAUGACAUGGUUUCAAAGCACAAAUCGUACAACAUGGAGAGGGAAGUCCGUUCCAUGUUCGGAGAGGAUAUACGCCGAAAGCUGCUACCACUCUAUGAACGAUUUUGGGACCGUUAUCAUGAAAUUGACAAGGGCAAGGGAAAAUACGUCAAGUACGACAAAUCGUCUAUCGCCAACGUUUUUGUUAGCCUCGCAUCAUGA